UCUGUCGCUCUGUCGGUACGAAAACUUCAAGUGGGGAGAAGAACCAUAAUAUAAUACAACAAAAAAAAUCAGACAUUAACGCACACACACGACCAUCCAAGACAAACAACGCGGAAACCGUCGAAUAUAACCGUCAGCGUGCACGUCUUAAAGUCGUAAAUCCCUUAUCCAACGAGAAUUAAACAUGUCUGCCGUCCCAAAUUUGGAAGAUGAGUACGACGAGUACAACUAUGAUCAAGACAAAUUGGUCAACAGCGGACACAGCGGUAAGAACAGAAGCAAGAAAGAGGCCAGCGAACACACCAAUCAUUUCGAUCCGAGCGGUCACUCUAGGAAAAUCUCUGCUAAAUUGCAUAACACUGAAGCCAACAAGAAGGAUGAGAAUUUGAAGCCCCAUCCAACGACUAGAAAGUGAUGUACAAGAGCGCUUCCUCACCAAAUAUCAAUGUCUUGCUACGGUUUUACUUAUAUUUUUUUUUUCUUUUUUUUUCCAACAAACUAAUUGAUUGCUCAU